GGGAUUUCGUUAUCACAACGCAAGUGUGGAGCCGAGAACGACGUCCGAACAAUUCCAGACUGACCUAAACCACAGAGAGAGAUGACCCUGGUUUUGUCCAUGAAUCCUUUCUUGGACCCAGAGGGCGACCCUCCGCUCACCCCUUACCAGCCCAUAUGGGAGUCAGAGCGCUGCACCAAGACCUGCCUGUCGAACCCCACCCCACCAAGCAGCCGUGGAGAGCAGUUCACACAGGAACCACACUGUAGGCGCGCACCAGAUCAUGUUUCAAUGUCGAGAAUUGCAUACUUCAAGAGGAAGUUUGUUGAUGAUGAGGAUCCUCACUUCAGCUUCAGGACAUAUUGCCAAACUGUGGCACCAGUGUUGGAAGAGCGUGCCCAUGUGCUGCGUCUCUCCUUAGAGAAGAUGCGUUUCAUUGAUGACCCUGAGGCCUUCCUUCGUCGCUCUGUCCUGGUUAACAAUCUCCUUCGUCGUCUGCGAGCCGAGAUCCUGCUCCAGAGCACUGACUGGUGUUUCCCGCCCAACCCAGGGCUCACUACUGGCCCCUGCAUCCUGCCAUCCAGUGCCAGCCCCACCCACCAGGCUCUCCAUGGAGCAGUUCCUACCCGGCUGUGCUUGGCCCCACAAGCCGGGCCACCCUUUCGCAAGCGCUUCCGAAUGGUCCGAGGAGGAGCAGGGGAGCUCCGGCCCGACUGUGCCCAGACGUGCUGUUGCAUCUAUGCAGCAGCGGCAGCUGCAGGACACUACCUCCAUCUCCCCUUCUCCUUGUAUGAUGCAACUCUUUCAACCUGUCCAUCCACACCACAUUCCUCCUCCCUUUUCCAACUGGGGGCCAACCAGAGCAGGUUAGGGUUGGCUGUGGCUGUGGAAGAUCAUGAUGAAGAGGAGGAAGAUGUUGAGGAAGAGGAAAAUGAAGAAGAGGAGGAGAGGGAGGAAGAGGAGGAGGAGGAGGAGGAUGAGGAAGAGGAUGAAGGAAGAACAGCUGGGCCAUCCACUGAUGUGGGUAAGGACAAGCCAAGCCAGAUGAGUAGGACUAGGACCUUGCUGGGUCAGAGUCAUGCACACAUGAGGACGGAGGACAGUGGCAUGAUAGAUAAGAUAGAUGAGGAGGAGGAUGUGGAGGAGGAGGAAGAUGAAGAGGAGCAGGCUGUGGGUCCUUCCCAGUGGGACUCUACUGCCCCAGAAAGAGAGCUCCACAGGGUUGGCUUUUGGCACCAUAGGGGCCAUAGACAAUAAUGUUACUCUUUAAGAGAAGACUUAUAUUGUAACUCUGUCAGAAAGGCAUUGGUAAUGUAAGAAUGGUAGCUGUCAUCAAAUGAAGAAGAUGAUCAGUGUUACCUACCCAAGGUAUAGUAAUGCCAAGUUGGCUUUGCUUUAAUUGGCUCACCAACUCGUGUGGUGCACAGAAUUAGCUCCAAAUAUCAUUGCUGAUGCUAUGGUCAAAUGAAAAUAGACAAUUCUUUGCCACUAUUGGCACUGGAAGCAUUUCUCAAACAAUUAAGGCUAAUGUCACAAGUUAUGGGAUCUCAAAUCCUCAAAACGGUGAAUUGAAGCUCGAUAUUGCACUGUCUCCAAGACCAUUUUCGAGCCCCUUUGCACAGAACUAAAAGUCUCAAAUAGGGGCUUAAUAUUGGUGCAACGGUCUUGUUUCAGGACCCUAAACUAGCCUUUGAAAUGAAGGAUGGUGGUUUGGGGGUGUGUGUGUGUAUGUCUGACUGUCUGUCUGUCAUAUAAUGUAGCAUUUUAAAUUUGAUUCAAUCAGUUGUUUUUAUUAAGUAGGUGUUACAUUUCAUUAUGUGUGCCUGUCGAUUUUGAUCUUCAGACGCUGUCUCAGGCAAUAGAUUUUCAACAAAAUGGGCUCAGACAGAGCAACUGUGCUACAGUGGCAACACGUGUGUUGUUCAGACUUUAAGAGACAACAAUCAUAACCAUUGGAAAUGUUAAAACACAGUUUCCCUAAAGAAACAAUUCUAAGUGCCUUAGUGUUUUUUUUUUUUUUUUAUAGAUAUAUGUAUAUGGUGUGUUAAUGUGCUUGUUCUUGUUACUAAGUAUCUUGCAUUUCAAGACUGCAUUUGAAUAAUACAGGACAUAGGCAUGGAUUUUUAA